AUGGUGAUUAGAAGAGUCAACACGCUAACAUUAAAUUUUAAAAAUGUUAGGAAGAAACCAUCGAAUACAAAUCUGCAUAUGUGGAUCAAAAAUGUGCUCAAAUGUACGGUGGAUCAAAUAGUGGGAAUCCAGUUCGAUCAUGUCAAGCACAAAAUUUUCCUGAAGCUGGUAUCCAAUUGGCAGAUGCAGGCAAUCCUACAAAAGUUCAAGGAUGGUAUAGUUAAAUACGUAGAAGACGGAGAAGAGUUUGAUGUAUACAUAACUGAAGAUACCGAUGAUAUUCUAAUAAAAAUUUUCGACUUCCCUUUGGAACUCGAAAAUAAUAAAAUCAAGGAGAAAAUGUCACAGUACGGAGUUGUGAGGAGUAUGAGAAAUGAAAAAUAUGCUGGAGAAGGUCUAUUUAAUGUGGAAACCGGAAUUCGAUCGAUGUGGAUAUCAAUGAAGAAACCAAUCCCAUCGUAUAUUACCAUAGAGGGGUGUACCUCUCUGAUAACAUAUGCCAAUCAGGUGCGUACCUGUAUGAUAUGUGAAGAACCUGGUCAUGAAAGAAAAGACUGUCCGAGGAGAAUAACAAAUAGGAUUAAUGAAAUCAGAAGACCAAGUGCUCCAGUAGUCACAAUGAUCAGUAGUGAAAUAUUACAGCAGGAAAGUACGGACUCUCAGUUAGAAAUUCCGGAAACACAGCUCACACCAGCUAUAGAUGUGAUAGUUAAUAAUGAAGAAGUGCAUCAUGAGGAGGAGGAAAAGGAAAAAAGUGAAGAAAGUUUGGAUUCAGAGUUAGAAAGUGAUACUAUUGGUGAUAUCAUUUCACCUACACAAAAGUGGCAAGAAGUUAAAACGAAAAAUACUGGACUGAAGAAAAAGAAGCGAGAGGAAAUGGAAACGAGUUCUGAAGAAGAAAGAAAGGUACCAAAACUGACCAUCAAACUUCCACCUAAAGCCGGAAGGAGCUCAAAUGGUAACGAGAAACCACAUGUAGAAAAUUUUGGAAAUAUAGAUAUAGGCGAAAGGUCAAGGGGAAAAGAUCCAUUUUUCUGA